GAGUUGCGAUAGAUAUUCCCCAGAAGUUUCCGAUCCAUGGGUUUGGGGAUGUCUCGAAGCAUGGACCUUUCCAUGCACACGCCUUUCUGAGAACGCUCUUAAUAAUCCUCUAUUCACCUCGUCUGGAUUUCGGAAAGGGGCAGGGCAGACGCUUAUCUGAUAACAUUUUAAUUUCAAUUUUAUGUUGCCAAUAGACCGACUGUACAUUCACUUCUUUCGGUGUGAAUGUUAAGUUAGGUUCUUUCCUAACCCCAUUCUGUCCAUUUUUGUGUAUCGCUUAAUUUAGCAAAAGUGCCGUAGGGCGGUUUCCUUGGUGGUUUAUAAAAUAUACUUCAUGUCAUGCUUUCUUGCACCAUCUAGCACCAGAUCAUGCCAUCUUUCUUUAUAUCAUCGAAUAUGUUCAAGUUUAUCAUGCCUACUCGACAAUACCAUGUCACUCAUUUACCCGUUCAAUAUGCAACAGCCUCACUUAAAAAAUACACUCGUGUCUUUCACAACAAGCAACACUCUCUGGGAAAUUCCAGAAGAGGUUUGACAACCCAUACCAUAUCUAAUUCCAAGCCUCUUGAAACAGAUACCCAAUCUAAAAACUAUCACAAUGAAACCUCUUCCGGUAUCGCAAAAGAAAAUCCAUUAGGAACCAUGCGACCGGUGAAGGUCAUCAGCAUCGGAGCAGGAGUUAGCGGUAUCAAUAUGGCUCGAGCUUUAAAACGCCACGGCACAAACAUCGAACAUAUAGUCUAUGACAAGAAUCCUGAAGUUGGUGGCACAUGGUUUGAAAACUGUUACCCCGGAUGUGCUUCCGACGAUCCUUCCCAUAAUUAUCAAUUUUCUCAUACACCAAAUCCUGAUUGGAGUUCGCUCUUUGCACCCGCGGGGGAAAUACAAAGCUAUUUGCAGGAUGUGUGUAGCAAGUAUGAGUUGAAAGAUCGUAUCAGAUUGUCUCAUAAGAUAAUCCAUGCGCAAUGGGAUGAGGGAUCUGCAGAAUGGGUUUUGAGAAUUGAAAAUGAGGUUACUGGUGUGGUUUUUGAAGAUCGAUGUCAUUUUUUGCUUAAUUCUGGUGGGAUGUUUAAUAAUUGGAAGUGGCCAGAUAUCAAAGGUCUACACUCUUUCAAAGGAGAUCUCGUUCAUUCUGCAAAGUGGCAGAAAGAUGUAGAUCUCAAGGGUAAGAGAGUAGCUGUCAUUGGAAAUGGUGCAUCUGGUGUUCAAAUCGUUCCAGUCCUACAACCAGAAGUCAAAAAGCUUUCACAUUUUGUGAGGACAAAGACUUGGAUCUCUCCCAACAGCAAAUCAGUCUCCCAUAUCAUGGAAAAGUACGAGCUAGAUGCCGCGCACAAGUUUUCCGAGAAACAAAUCCAGAAGUUUCGAGAAGAUCCAAUAAAAUACACAAAGUUUUUGAAAGCUAUUGAAUCCCUGUCUAACAAGAGAUUCAAGACGAUCUUAAGAGGCAGUCCGGAAGCAAUAGAAGCCAAACGCGUCAUCUCUCUGUACAUGGCCGAAGCCCUCAACUACGACAAACAUCUCCUCGAAGCCCUACUUCCCGAUUUUCCUGUCGGCUGUAGAAGAGUCACACCCGGUGUGGGCUAUCUGAAAGCUUUAACACAGCCAAACGUCGAUGUCAUCACGUCCGGUAUCGAAGAAAUACAACCUGACGGCAUCAAGCUUACAAAUGGUGAAACCAUAGAGGUUGAUGCAAUCGUUUGUGCUACGGGUUUCAAUUGCUCUUUCGUUCCACGUUUCCCAAUUAUUGGAGAGAAGGGGAACUUACAAGAUCUGUGGAGAGACAAUCCUGGUCAGGCGUACAUGUCAUGUAUGGUUCCUGGAAUGCCAAAUUAUAUCACAUUCCUCGGUCCCAACGGUCCACUGGCCCACGGUGCCAUUCCCAUAAUAACGGAACAACUCGGCGCUUUCGCUCUGAAAUUCAUCCAGAAAUGCCAACUACAAUCAAUAUCCUCUUUCAGACCUCUACCCGCAGCAGUAAAAGACUAUACAGAACAUAUAGCUCAAUUUAUGCCCCGAACAGUAUGGACAGAUAAAGGAGUCAGAAGCUGGUAUCGCAAUGGAAAAAGUGAAGGUCCGGUUUUGGCACUGCAUCCGGGAAGUCAGGCACAUUUCUUUCAUAUGUUGGAGGCGCCUCGGUGGGAGGAUUUUGAAUGGAGGAGAAAGAACGAUAGAAGGGACAAUAGGUUUAAGUAUCUAGGGAAUGGAUUUUCCACGAAGGAAAAUGAGAUUGAGGGCGACGAUACGUGGUAUUGGGGGGAGGCGGAUAAAAUGUGAAGUUUGAAUCAUGGAUAGGAAAUAUUACGGGGAGUUAGGUUUGAUAUAACUAGUGGGGCUGCGAAUUGAAUGAAAUUUUCUGGAUUUAUUCGAAAAAGGCUGGCUGUUUGGAAUGUAUGUAAGGAAUUUUGGAGCCAUUAAAGCAAGUAGGAUGCCUUAAAGCUCAGAAGAAGGUAUGCGAGAUAAAGGGUCUGUUGCAUGAAAGCAUCUCGAUUAAUUCUCAGAUAAUUAAUUAAGCAAUUAAAUUACUUAAUCA